AUGGCAACCGACGUAGCACUCGACACCACUAUUGGUACCAUCGUGGUCGAGCUCUACAACGAUCACGCGCCGAAGACAUGCAAGAAUUUCGCAACGCUCGCUCAGCGCAAUUACUUCAACGGCCUUAUAUUCCACAGGAUAAUCCCGAACUUCAUGAUCCAGGGUGGCGAUCCUACGGGUACUGGCAGAGGAGGUGAAUCCAUCUACGGCGAAAAGUUCGAAGACGAGAUAACUCCGGCGCUGAAGCACACUGGUGCCGGUAUUCUCAGUAUGGCAAACAGCGGGCCUAAUACCAAUGGGAGCCAAUUCUUCAUUACAUUAGCACCUACACCAUGGCUGGAUGGUAAGCAUACAAUAUUUGGUAGAGUCAAGAGCGGGAUGCAGAUUGUUAAGAAGCUGGGCUUGGUCAAGACGGACAAGGAAGAUCGACCUGUGGAGGACAUAAAGAUUAUCAGGGCAUAUAUUCCUGGGGAAGACAGCUUUGCGUUGCAGCGAACAUAA